AUGUCGGUUACCGGAGAGGAGUCCGCAGAUGAUUCGCUUUAUCCAAUCGCUGUGCUCAUCGAUGAGCUUCGCAAUGAGGAUGUCACCUUGAGAUUGAAUAGUAUUCGCAAGCUUUCGACCAUCGCUUUGGCUCUUGGUGUCGAGCGUACCCGAAAUGAGCUCAUUCAAUUCCUUACUGACACGAUUUAUGAUGAGGACGAGGUGCUUUUGGUGCUCGCUGAGCAACUUGGAAACUUCACGCCAUUGGUCGGCGGUCCUGAACACGUCCACUGCCUUCUGCAACCUCUCGAGAAUCUCGCCACCGUCGAAGAAACUGUCGUUCGCGAUAAGGCCGUCGAAAGCUUACGCAAAAUCGCCGACAAACACAGCUCCAGCGAUCUUGAGGAGCAUUUCGUGCCGAUGCUGAAGCGAUUGGCCGCUGGCGAUUGGUUCACCUCGAGAACGUCGGCUUGCGGACUGUUCUCUGUCGUCUAUCCGAGAGUCAAUCCAGCUAUCAAGAAUGACCUUAAGAACUUGUUCCGCUCACUUUGCCGUGACGAGACGCCGAUGGUCCGUCGUGCCGCCGCCUCCAAACUCGGAGAGUUCGCCAAGGUGUUUGAGAAGAACGCUGUCGUUGAGGGUCUUCACUCGUGCCUCGUCGAUCUUCACGUCGACGAGCAAGACUCGGUCAGACUUCUCACCGUUGAGUCGGCCAUCGCUUUCGGCUCGCUUCUCAACAAGGAGAAUAAGAAGAAGCUGAUUGAGCCGAUACUUGUGUCGCUGUUUGACGACAAGUCGUGGCGAGUUCGCUACAUGGUCGCCGAGAAGCUUAUUGAUAUCCAAAAAGUGCUUGGAAGUGACAUCGAGACGAACCAGCUUGUUGCCCAUUAUAUCAGUUUGUUGAAGGAUCCGGAGGGCGAAGUGCGUUGCGCUGCCACUCAGAAGCUUAAAGAAUUCGCACAAAAUUUGCCUGAAAACGAGAGCGAGUCAGUAAUCAGCAAUCAGCUUCUUCCUGUCGUCAAAGAGCUCGCCGGCGACACGAAUCAGCUCGUCAAAUCGGAAUUGGCUAGUGUUGUCAUGGGUCUCGCGCCGCUCAUCGGCAAAGACAAAACGGUCAACGAGCUUCUUCCGAUUUACAUGCAAUUGUUGAACGAUAGCACACCGGAAGUGCGACUCAACAUCAUUUCGAGCCUCGACAAAGUCAAUGAGGUCAUCGGCGCCGCGCAAUUGUCGACGUCGCUUCUGCCGGCGAUUGUUGGUUUGGCGGAGGACGGCAAAUGGCGAGUGCGGUUGGCGAUUGUGCAAUUUAUGCCGCUUUUGGCUUCGCAAUUGGGACAGGAAUUUUUCGACGAGAAACUCUUGCCGCUUUGCCUAAAUUGGUUGACAGAUCAUGUUUACUCAAUUCGUGAAGCAUCCACAUUGAUUAUGAAGGAGCUGACGCAGAAGUUUGGUGGCGCUUGGGCCAGCGCCAACAUCAUGUCGAAGAUGCAGAAGCUCGUCAAGGAUUCGAACUACCUUCAGAGAAUGACUUGCCUGUUCUGUUUGAACACACUUAGCGAGGCGAUGACACAGGAGCAGAUUCUGAAAGAGAUUAUGCCGCUUGUUAAGGAGCUUGUUGAUGAUGAUGUGCCGAAUGUUAGAUUCAAUGCCGCCAAAAGCCUCAAGAGAAUCGGAAAAUGUCUAUCGCCGAAUGUUCUCAAUUCUGAUGUGAAGCCUCUGCUCGAGAAGCUCGGCAAGGAUAAUGAUUUUGACGUGAGGUACUUUGCCGAAGAAGCGCGAAACAGCCUUGGACUCUGA